GAAAAGGAGGAGAACGCGCAACUUAAUCCAAAAAAUUACUCGAAAAGUCAUGUGAUUCCAAGUGUCAUCGCUAUCACCUUUGUUUUGGUUCCGGUUGUAAAUAGCCGCACAGCCAACCACUACGCCCCGAGAUCAUGCCGGUUCGCGAGUUUGCUCGUUGUCGACGCUUAUUCGCGCUAAAAUGUUGCAAUCACGGCCGCAGGUCGCCCUUCUCAACCAACGUGAACGUCGAGGGUCCCCAGGCGCGCGGGGACACCGUCACGGUCGACGGAAAGUCGUACGAAACGGACGACCAGACGAACGUCACUAGCCGCAUCCUGGGCCACACCGAGCGCAAGCUGCACCUCCAGAAAUGCCAUCCGAUCCAGUUGCUCAAGCGGAGAAUCGCCGAUUUCUUCACGAAGAACUACGUGAACCGAAGGGGCAACCCCAACUUUUCGGUGUACGACAGACUGAGUCCCGUGGUGACGCUGGAACAGAACUUCGACAGUCUGCUCGUUCCCAAGUCGCACCCGUCUCGUUGCAAGAGCGACAGCUACUACGUGAACGGCUCGCACAUGCUCCGCGCCCACACGUCGGCUCAUCAGGUCGAUCUGGUCAAGUCGGGACUGGACGCUUUUCUCGUCGCCGGCGACGUUUACAGGAGGGACCAGAUUGACAGGCAUCACUACCCCGUCUUCCAUCAGAUGGAGGGCGUGCGGCUGUUCUCGGCUGAUCAGCUGUUCGAAGGCAGGGCGGCGGCAAGGGAUGGCUUGGAGCUGUUCGAAGACGGCAGCCGGGACGAGAUCAAGCAGGGGCUCCACACGAUGGAGACGGCCAAGCUCCUGGAGCACAGCCUGAAGACCUGUCUUCAAGGCCUGGCCAAGCAGCUCUUUGGGCCUGAGACGGAGACCCGCUGGGUUCCCACAACGUUCCCCUUCACGCACCCGUCCUGGGAGCUGGAGGCUAGGUUCCAGGGGGACUGGCUGGAACUGCUUGGCUGCGGCAUCAUGGAACAGGAGAUCCUCUACAACGCUGGAGCGGAGCAGAAAGUGGGCUGGGCGUUUGGGCUGGGCCUCGAGAGGAUUGCGAUGACCCUGUACAAGAUCCCGGACAUCCGGGCCUUUUGGAGCACAGACCCGGGCUUUUUGUCCCAGUUUGAGCAUGACGACCCCUACAAGCCCGUCUCUUUCAAGGUCUUGAGCAGCCACCCGCCCUGCCUGGCAGACAUGUCUUUCUGGGUUCCGACCGAUUUUACGCCCAACGACUUCUUCGACCUGGUGCGCUCCGUGGGGGGCGACCUGGUGGAGCGAGUGGAGCCCGUGGACGUGUUCACACACCCCAAGACGCGACGCACCAGCCACUGCUUCAGAGUUGUGUACAGGCACAUGGAGCGCGUCAUGACGCAGGAAGAGGCCAAUGUCAUCCAUCGGGAGGUGGGGAAGAGGGCAGAGGAACGACUGGGGGUUGAACUAAGAAUCAAAUGAAGGGUGAGGUGUCAAAUUGCUCUAGUGGGAACGGUAGUAAAUCUUUUUAGCAAA